UAACUACUUCAAUAUCAUCGGUUGUCACCAUUUCCCAACCGCCUUCCCAAAAAUGGCCAGGACACCAAAACAAAAACUCCGGCGCCGGCGCUGUUCUUUCUUCAAAAUUCUGUUCGGCAACGAUUUCACCCGCCGACUCAGAAUCCCACCAGAAUUCGCCCGAACUCAACCUGGGGCUCUGCAUGGGAAAGUCAAGCUCAAAAUAUCCUGCGGGCCCACUUGGGCCGUGAGCCUGGAGAAACUGGAGGACGGUAGUAUUUCGUUUUGCAGGGGCUGGGCUGAAUUUGUUGAGGCUAUGGAGCUGAAAUUGUUCGAUUUCCUUAUUUUCAUAUGGUGUGCCGAGAAAUCGACCUUCACAGUCUCCGGCUAUGGAAAAAACGGCUGCCCGAAGGGAACCUUCCGCCGUACCUGUGGCCGCGGCGAAGAAGGCUCUGUGGGACUUGAAAUUGUUGUCACCAUUCCCAAUUCCUUCCCAAGAAUGGCGAGGAAACCAAAACAAAAACUCCGGCCCCGGCGCAAUACUUUCUUCAAGAUUCUGUUCGGCGACGAUUUCACCCGACGACUCAGAAUCCCACCAGAAUUCGCUCGAAUUCAAGUUGGGGGUCUGCUUGGGAAGGUCAAACUCAAAAUAUCCGGCGGACCCACUUGGGCCGUGAGUGUGGAGAAGAUGGAGGACGGUAGUAUUUGGUUUUGCAAGGGUUGGGCUGAAUUUAUUGAUGAUAUGGAGUUGAAAUUGUUCGAUUUCCUUAUUUUCUUAUGGUGUGCCAAGAAAUCGACCUUCGAAGUGUGCGGCUAUGGAAAAAACGCUUGCGGGAAGGGAACCUUCCGCCGUGCCUGCGGCAGCGGCGAUGAAGGCUCUGCAGGACUUGAAAAUGAUCUGAAGGAAGAGGGUUCAUCUAGUGAUGGUGAGGAUGAGGCCAAAUCUGGCGGCUCUAAUCCAUGCUUUGAGAUAAUCAUGAAACGCUUUAAUCAUGUCCCCAAGGAUUUUCUGUUGGCCGCUGGUCUGGUAGGCAAGGAGGGAGUGUGUUUGGACUAUGAAGGAGGUCAUCCUGCGUAUGUUGAGCUGAUUUCAAGGCCCAUCGGGUGUGUGGAAUUGGUCAACGGCUGGCCCAAGUUUUGGAUGUCUAACAAACUAGUCCUUGGGAAUUCUUACAUGUUUGAGUUCAUUCCAAGUAAGAUGAUGAUUCGGGUUCAUGGGGAAAACGAAUCUUCCGAUGAUGAUGAUAACAGUGAUGCUGAUGAGACUAAAUACCCAUUACACGGUAAAAAAAGGAAUGGCAAAGGCAAAAAUCAAGAAAUCGUGAAGAGAAGGAAGGGCAAAGCUAAAAAUCAAGAAAACAUGGAGGAUCAGUCGAGAAAUUGUGAUCUUCUGAAAGAAGAAAGACCCAACUUCGAUGGAUCAAGUUCUGACGUGAAGGAAACGUGGGAUGCCUAUCAGAAAGCACAGGAUUACGUCUCCAGCCGCACUCAGAAAAACCCGUUUUUCAUUUCCUUCAUGCACAAAUGCUAUGUCCAAAACAAACACAUCUUGAAUGUGUCAUAUCCAUUUGCUAGACGGAAUUUGCCACAUUUGGGCACUAUGUCGAUAAUUUUGGUCACGAAUGGGAAAGAAUGGCUCGUGACAUGCCGCAAGGGAAAACGCCGAGCAGAGUUGUUGACAAUCGGAUGGAGGAAAUUCGUGCAGGAUAAUGGGAUUAAGCUUGGUGAUGUUUGCGUAUUUGAAGUGGCAGAUAGAACAGAUAAUAAGGGCAACGAGCUUGUAAUGGCCAGGACACCAGAACAAAAACUCCGGCACCGGCGCAAUACUUUCUUCAAGAUUCUGUUCGGCGACGAUUUCACCCGUCGACUCAGAAUCCCAUCCGAAUUCGCGCGAAUUCAAGCUGGGGCUCUGCUUGGGAAGGUCAAGCUCAAAAUAUCCGGCGGGCCCACUUGGGACGUAAGUGUGGAGAAAAUGGAGGACGGUAGUAUUUGGUUUUGCAAGGGCUGGGCUGAAUUUUUUGAGGAUAUGGAGUUGAAAUUGUUCGAUUUCCUUAUUUUCUUAUGGUGUGCUAAGAAAUCGACCUUCGAAGUGUGCGGCUAUGGAAAAAACGCCUGCGCGAAGGGAACCUUUCGCCGUGCCUGCUGCAACGGCGACGAAGGCUCUGCAAGACUUGAAAACGAUCUGAAGGAAGAGGCUUCAUUUAGUGACGGUGAGGAUGAGGCCAAAUCUGGCGGCUCUAAUCCAUGCUUUAAGAUAAUCUUGAAACCCUAUCAUCAAUAUAGACUGCAAGUCCCAAAGGAUUUUCUGUUGGCCGCUGGUCUUGUAGGAAAGGAGGGAGUGUGUUUGGACUAUGAAGGAGGUCAUCCUGUUUGUGUUGAGCUGAAGUCAAGGCGGCGCAUUGGGUUUGUGGAAAUAGUCAACGGCUGGCCCAAGUUUCAGUCAAUUAACAAACUAGUUCGUGAGGAAAACGAAUCUUCCGAUGAUGAUGAUGAUGAUAACAGUGAUGCUGAUGAGACUAAAUACCCAAUACACGAUAAAAAAAGGAAUGGCAAAGGCAAAAGUCAAGAAAUCAUGAAAAAAAGGAAAGGCAAAGCUAAAAAUCAAGAAAACAUGCGUGGUAUUUCUUCUCGCCUGAAAGAAGAAAGACCCAAUUUUGAUGGAUCAAGUUCUGACGUAAAGGAAACGUGGGAUGCAUAUCAGAAAGCAGAGGCUUUCGUCUCGAGCCGCACUCCAAAAAAACCAUGUUUCAUUUCUUUCAUGCACAAAACCUAUGUCCGAAACAAACACAGCUUGAAUGUACCAUUUCCAUUUGGUAGACGGAAUUUACCACAUUUGGGCAUUUUGUCGAUAGUUUUGGUCACGGAUGGGAAAGAAUGGCUCGUGAAAUGCCUCAAGAGAGAACACUGCGCGAAGUUGUUGACCGCCGGAUGGAGGAAAUUUGUGCAGGAUAAUGAGAUUAAGCUUGGUGAUGCUUGCGUGUUUGAAGUGGCAGAUGGAAUAGAUAGUAAGGGCAAUGAGCUGCAGGGUUAUGAAAAUCCACGAGAAGCGACUGGACGUAUUGUAUGUGCCAAUUGCCAUUUAGCGAGUAAGCCCGUAGAUAUUGAGGUUCCGCAAGCAGUACUUCCCGAUACUGUAUUUGAAGCAGUUGUUCGAAUUCCUUAUGAUAAACAAGUGAAACAAGUUCUUGCCAAUGGUAAGAGGGGGUUUGAAUGUAGGGGUUGUUCUUAUUUUACCGGAGGGGUUUGGAUUAGCUCCUUCCGA